CGCCCCCUUUUUGCAAGAGUGAAACUGAUUAUUUCUCCAGCUCGGGAGGAGAGAGUCACUCGUUUGGGAUUGUGGGAGCGAGAGAAAGAGAGACGCAGAGAAGGAGAAGGGAAGGGAGGAAGAGAGAGAGGAGCAGAAAAGGACACCUCAUCAGGCGUGUAGUUCGAAUCCCUUCCUUGCCUCCCCCUUUCCCUCCGCGAUGUUACAAAGGCUCUGAGCUGCUCUCCUUUUCCCAUUCGCCUGCUGUCACUUCCUUCCUGGACGCUCUCAGGACGAGUCCGGUUACUUUUAAUCCGACGAGCAGCUCCGGCACUUUCUCCUCCUCCGCGCUGCACACACCCGCACAGCACGCACACCCGCACACACACCCCAGGCAUCUCCCGGCUGCUUAUUGGAUUGACUUUGAAUCUUGUGCGUGUGCUUCAAGGAGGCUGCAUGGUGAACCAGGUGGUGAAUAUUUAAAGGCUGCAAGAAGUAAAGGGAUUUUUGCUUUUUCCUGAGAAAGGAAAAUAUCUCAAGGACUAGCCUGAUCAUCUAAACAGCUAAAUGUUUAUAAUCAGGGACGGAUGCAGGGGACAGUGAACUGAGUAGUGCAAGUGCUGAAGAAGGAGACUUGCUUUGAGGAAACAGGAAAGAGGAAGAAAAGAGAAGGGAAAAAUACAUAAGUUUAAGGAAGAAGGAGAGACAAAAAAACGGGGACUAUGGGGAGAAAAAAGAUUCAGAUUACAAGGAUUAUGGAUGAACGUAACAGACAGGUGACAUUUACGAAGAGGAAGUUUGGUUUAAUGAAGAAGGCUUAUGAGCUGAGUGUGCUAUGCGACUGUGAGAUUGCUCUGAUCAUCUUCAACAGCACCAACAAACUGUUCCAGUAUGCCAGCACUGACAUGGACAAAGUGUUGCUGAAGUACACAGAGUACAAUGAGCCGCAUGAGAGUCGAACGAAUUCCGAUAUUGUUGAGACAUUGAGAAAGAAAGGACUUAAUGGCUGUGACAGUCCAGACCCUGAUGCAGACGAUUCAGUAGGUCACAGCCCUGAGUCUGAGGACAAGUACAGGAAAAUUAAUGAAGAUAUUGAUCUAAUGAUCAGCAGGCAAAGAUUAUGUGCUGUUCCACCACCAAACUUUGAGAUGCCAAUUUCUAUCCCAGUGUCCAACCACAACAGUUUGGUGUACAGUAACCCAGUCAGCUCACUGGGGAACCCCAACCUUUUGCCACUGGCCCAUCCUUCUUUGCAAAGAAAUAGCAUGUCUCCUGGCGUGACACAUCGGCCUCCGAGUGCAGGUAACACAGGUGGCCUGAUGAGUGGGGACCUCACAACCGGUGCAGGCACCAGUGCAGGAAAUGGGUAUGGCAACCCUCGCAACUCACCAGGUCUGCUGGUCUCACCUGGCAACUUGAACAAGAAUAUGCAAGCAAAAUCUCCGCCCCCGAUGAAUUUGGGAAUGAACAACCGUAAACCAGAUCUCCGUGUGCUUAUCCCACCUGGCAGCAAGAAUACAAUGCCAUCAGUGAAUCAGAGGAUAAAUAACUCGCAGUCUGCUCAGUCACUGGCUACUCCCGUGGUUUCCGUAGCAACUCCUACUCUCCCAGGGCAAGGGAUGGGAGGAUACCCAUCAGCCAUUUCUACAACAUAUGGUACUGAAUACUCUCUGAGUAGUGCAGAUAUAUCAUCUCUCUCUGGGUUUAAUACAGCCAGUGCUCUUCAUCUUGGUUCUGUGACUGGCUGGCAACAGCAACACCUACAUAAUAUGCCACCAUCUGCCCUCAGUCAAUUGGGAGCUUGCACUAGCACUCAUUUAUCUCAGAGUACAAAUCUCUCCCUGCCUUCUACUCAAAGCCUCAACAUCAAGUCAGAACCUGUUUCUCCUCCUAGAGACCGUACCACCACCCCCUCGAGAUACCCACAGCACACGCGCCACGAGGCGGGGAGAUCUCCCGUUGACAGUCUGAGCAGCUGUAGCAGUUCGUAUGACGGAAGCGACCGAGAAGAUCACCGCAACGAAUUCCACUCCCCCAUUGGACUCACCAGACCUUCGCCGGACGAAAGGGAAAGCCCCUCUGUCAAGCGCAUGCGGCUCUCUGAAGGAUGGGCGACAUGAUAACAUUAUUACCUAUUAGUUUUUUUUCUUGCAGUGUGUGUGUGCUAUACCUUAAUGGGGGGGGAGGGUCGAUAUGCAUUAUAUGUGCUGUGUGUGGGGAAAAAAAUGUCAGGUACUCUGUUUUGUAAAAGUACUUUUAAAUUGCCUCAGUGAUACAGUAUAAGGAUAACCAGAAAUGCUGAGAUAAGCUUAGCACUUGAGUUGUACAACAGAACAUUUGUACAAAAUAGAUUUUAAGGCUCACUUCACUGUUGUGCUCCCUUGCAAAAUGUAUGUUACAAUAGCUAGUGUCAUGUUGCAGGUUCAACGUUAUUUACAUGUAAAUAGACAAAAGGAAAACAUUUGCCAGAAGUGGCAGAUCUUUACUGAGAGAGAAAGCAGCUGUUAUGCAACAUAUAGAAAAAUGUACAGAUGUUUUGACAGACCCAACCGUUGGGUGGCCGUGAAUCAAUGCUAGCAAGAGACUGGGUCACCUAACAUACCUAAAAUGCUCACAAACACACAGGCAUAUCAGUAGAGUAUGGCACUCACUUAAAAGGAUCAAAGACAUUUAAAGAGGACCAUACUUGUAAAAAUGUUGAGUUUGAGGGCUAACAUAUUUAAUUUAAAAAAAAAUCUGGGUCUGCAUCACUUUAUUUAAUAAAAAAUAUAAAAAUAUGUACAUUACAUUUUGCUUAUUUUCAUAUUAAAAAAUAAGACAGAGUUUGCAAAGCAUUUGUGGCUUUUGUAGUUUCCUUAAGCCAAAAUGUGUUCUUUUUUCCUUGAUAGCUUUGCUAAUCUUUUAAACAGUCCUGGAGA